GUCGUAGCUCUUCUGCUGUAAAAAUCGUGAAGAGCUUGUGUGUGCGGUACACUGAGAACAAGCGUGGAGACUGAAUUAUACUUACAUGAUUUACUGAAGACUGCGUGCCCAGGAGCUUCAGUUAGAAUUCGCUUAUUCAGCAGGGGUGACGACCGAGGAUGUUUAAAAAGUUUGACGAGAAGGAAAAUGUUUCCAAUUGCAUUCAGCUGAAGACGUCUGUCAUCAAAGGCAUAAAGAACCAGCUGUUGGAGCAGUUUCCUGACAUCGAUUCAUGGCUUAAUCAGAUCAUGCCGAAAAAAGAUCCUGUCAAAAUCGUCCGAUGCCACGAGCACAUUGAAAUCCUGACUGUGAACGGGGAGCUGCUGUUCUUCAGGCAGAGAGAGGGCCCGUUCUACCCCACACUGAGACUGCUUCAUAAAUAUCCCUUUAUUCUUCCACACCAGCAAGUAGAUAAAGGAGCCAUUAAAUUUGUCCUGAGCGGAGCCAACAUCAUGUGCCCAGGGCUGACGUCCCCUGGAGCCAAGCUGUACCCUGCAGAAGCUGACAAGGUAGUUGCUAUAAUGGCAGAAGGAAAGCAACAUGCCCUCUGUGUUGGAGUGAUGAAAAUGUCGGCUGAUAACAUUGAGAAAGUGAACAAGGGUAUAGGGAUUGAAAAUAUCCAUUACCUUAACGACGGGCUGUGGCACAUGAAGACAUACAAGUGAAACUCACCUGUGGGCUGUGUGUUAGUGAACAGAGAGUGCCUGGAACACCAGAGGAUGUCCUACAGUCCACGAUGAUGUACAGUCUAUAGGGAUGGAUUGUUAAACCUUUGAAAAACCUUGCUUUCAUGAUGUUGCACAAUAAAAUAGCUUUGUAUGCUUUUUCUCUUUU